CCUGUUGCUGUGUUUAUGAGAUUUAAUAAUCUUAUUGGGAGGAGGGGAACUGUUUCUGGAUUAGCACAGGAGCCCAUGGAAAAUCCUGAAUGAUUCCUCAUCCCUAGAUCCCUUACAGUCUGGCUUCCACCUGGGACAUGGGGUGGAGACGUUGCUGGUCACCCUCACGGAUGAUCUCUGCAGGCAGCUGGAUCGUGGCGGAUUGGCGCUGCUGAUACUAUUGGAUUUGUCAGCAGCAUUCGAUACAGUCGAUUACGAUCUAUUGACCCACCACCUUGCCGAUGUGGGGAUACGAGGGACUGCCUUACAGUGGCUUGUUUCUUUUCUCCACGGUCGGGGACAGAGGGUGGCACUUGGGGAGAAAUUGUCAUCCCACCACCCAUUGGUGUGCAGUGUCCCUCGGGGCAAUACUCUCCCCAUUACUGUUUAAUGUUUAUAUGCGCCCCCUCGGCCAGCUGGUGUGGAGUUUUGGACUUGGGUGUCAUCGAUAUGCUGAUGACACCCAACUAUAUCUGAUGAUGGACAGCUGGUCCAACUGUGCCCCAGAUGUCUUGGAGCGUGCCUUCGAAGCUGUGACUGGGUGGUUGGAGCAGAGUCGGUUGAAAUUAAAUCCCACAAAGAUGGAGGUCCUGCAUGUGGGUCUGGGGGCUAUGGGCACGGGACUCCAGCUUCCCGCUCUUGAUGGAGCGCUACUUGCGCUGGCUUCGAGAGUUAGGAGGCUGGGGGUGAUCCUGGAUGCCUCUUUGACUAUGGAGGCACAGGUUGCAGUGGUUGCCCAGUCUUCAUUUUUCUGUCUAAGACAUGUCCGGCAGCUUGUCCUUUACCUAUCAACCCAUGACUUAACUGCAGUGAUCCAAGCAACGGUCACCUCUAGAUUAGACUACUGCAACUUGCUCUAAGCAGGGCUUCCCCUGGGCCUGAUCCGGAGGCUACAGCUGGUCCAAAAUGCAGCUGCCCAUGGAUGCGGAUCCCGAUUGUUCUGCUGCACAUCAGUCGUCUGACAAUGACUCUGACACAGAGAGCAAAACUGAUCUGGAUGCUCAGGCUCAAGAGUACAUUGAACGCGUUCUUGGUCCUCCAGGCCAGCCCACUCAGGCCUCCCAGUGUCUGCCCCUGGAAUCUCUCUCAGGAGGUGGGCUGGCCCGAGUGUCUGACCACAAGUCACCUCCUGUAGAGCUAAAAAAGUCUCCAGUCAGUGAUGAGACAGUCUCGGGGCUGUUGUCUCUUCCUCUAGAGCUGAUCUUGGAGAUCUGUUCCUACUUGCAGGCCAGGUUUGUCCUGAGUGUCCUUCCUUUGGUCUGUCAGACACUGAGGGACAUUGUGCAGGAUGGAGUUAUGUGGAGAAUUCGCCUGCAGAAGAGGAUUGGCAGCUGCUACCCAGUUGUGGAAGAUGACAAAUUUAACUGGCCAGCUGCCUGCAUUGAACUAGAGGAACAUCUCCAGCAGUGGGCAGAAGAUGGCAAGAAUACAGAGUACUUUUCUCUAGCUGAUGGGCACUUUGCUUCAGUUGACGCUGUGCUGCUCCUCCAGGGUGGGGAGCUCUGUGUCUCAGGUUCUCGGGACCGAAAUGUCAACUUGUGGGACCUGAGGCAGUUGGGCAAAGCCCCAGAAAAAGUGCUCGUGAAGGCUCUAGGAACGGAGCGCAAUGGGACGCACAAGGGAUGGGUAUGGUCACUGGCUUCAAGAGAUGACCGGGUGUGCUCAGGCUCCUGGGAUAGCACAGUGAAGCUUUGGGACAUAGCUGCUGAUGGGCAGCAGUUUGGAGAACUCAGAGGGAAAGCAGCUGUGUUGUGCCUUUCUUACCUGCCUGACAUCCUGGUCACGGGAACCUAUGACAAGAAAGUGACAGUAUAUGACCCACGAGCUUCUCAACCCCUAGUAAAAAGCCGCAAGCUCCAUUCCAGUGCGGUCCUGUCCCUUGCAGCUGAUGAGCACUUCAUCAUCUCUGGAAGUGAGGAUCGGACACUGGUGUUUUUUGACAGGAGGGCCAACAGUGUCCUUCAGAGGCUACAGCUGGACUCCUAUCUCCUCACCAUGUCAUACCAGGGUUCUCAGCUGUGGGCUGGAGACAACCAUGGGCUGCUGUAUGUGUUUCAGAACCAAGGGGGCAGCUUUCAACACAUAAGGCACUUUGAUGUGGGUCACCGCUCUCAGAUCACUGGAGUCCAACUCUCGGUGGGCAAACUGUACACAACUUCUACUGACAAGACGCUGCGUGUCCAUAUUCCCACAGAUCCACCAAAGGCCAUCUGUUCACGGACACACAACUACAUGCUAAGUGGGAUUAGCGUUGAAGGGAACAUAGCAGUAGCUGCCUCAGGUGGUCUCUCUUUGGAGGUCUGGAGACUCCGUGUGUGAUGAAGAGUCAGCCAUGGAUCCAGACCUGCAGCUACAGGGGUGCCAAGUUUUGCAGCUUGGACAACCUCCUGUUGGGGACUAGAGUCCUGGUUCCUGUUGAGCUUUAGGUUGUUUGUAUGCACUAUGGAAUUGUGAAGUCACAGGCUUCAGCCUGGGCUUGUUCUAGAGGCUUAUACAGUGAUGAAUACGUCAGUACACAUCCAAGCUCCUCUUUCUCCCUAGCAUGUGCCCACUUACAAUCUCUGUCUCCUGGGUGGGCACUCUUGCUGGGCGGGCACUCAUUGCUAAGCCUGCUGUACAGGCUGGAGCAGAGCUGCCUGUUGAGCGGUGUGGCGGAUAAGGAGAACAUGCUGGUCCUGCGGCUGAACCCUAUAACAUUCCAGGCACAGUUCUAGCCCUGAGAACAACUUGAAGUGGGGGGGGGGCGGGGGGGGCACACAGAAUAGAGGCUGGAGUUUGCAGUCAGGCAUAAAUUACCUUCUAGCCACCAAAUUCUGGUCCAUGUUUACAUUUUUAUUAAAGAUGUUCUGUUGUGGUGGCUGAUGUGUUGUAAUGGUGGAUUGUUUAUUUCUCACGGCUCGUAGCCUGCCUUUUAAAUGCCGCUGCCUUGCAUUUCUUGGUUUGGAAAUAAGACAGUGUAUUGAAGAACUUGACUG